GGGAGAGGUGCUUGCUCGCUCACCUGCAACAACUUGUGAUUAACUUCGUUAUUGUGAUACAAUUUUUACCAACCAUUCAAAAAAUAGCAAUGACGUGCAAGAUUCUGUUUGUGUUGACACUGGCAACAGUCAAGAGCCAGAUGUUGGAUCACAUACAUAGUGAUUUGGUUGCUAUGAAUGCAUCGUGUUCAGUUGGGGGGUUUUGUGAUGGUGGUAAUUACCGGAGUAAAGAAAACUGUUACUGUGAUGAUCUGUGUGCGGAGUAUGGCGAUUGUUGUCCUGACGCCGUCCACUACAAACGGGAAGAUCAGGUCCGGCCAGAGAGGUACAAGUGUGUGAGUGUGGGUUAUGACAGCGUUUACAUGAAGGGCACGUGCAUGUCAGGGUGGCAGGACGAGGAGGUAGCCCAGCUGUGCCUGGUUGGCUCACCGGCAGAUAUCUCCAGCAGCAGGGACCCGCUGGCCCACCUCCCCGCCACCAGCAACACCACCUCCGUCAUCUACACCAACUACUACUGCGCCAUCUGCAACAACGACUCCCAUCACCUCACACUCUGGACCACACAAGUGGAAUGUGACCUGGAAUAUCAUCCUGAUCAGCCGGAUAACUUAUGCGAAUACAUAACUUCUCAUUUAUUGUUCGCAAACGGAACUUGGGGAGCAUUUAUUCCCUUAAAUAAUAUAAAUAUAUUUAAGAAAUGCAAUAUUAGCAUUAAAAUCCUUGAUAUUCCCGUUAUUACAAGGGCAUGCUACUCCACCAUCAGGUCGUGUGCGGAGAACUGGCCGGAUCCUUCUGUCGCUGCUCUGUGUCACUCUUAUACGGCAGUGAGGUAUGUGGGAGACUUGGCCUAUAGGAACCCCCAUUGUCUUGUGUGUAACUUGCAACACCCCUCUAACGGUCAGUGUCGGCUCUCUGCUUCCAUAGAAUAUGCCCCUGCCUUUUCUCUGUUAUUUGAUUUUAUUGACCGUAGUGGAAAUAAUAAUGACGGAUUCUUAAAUAUUUGCCAGACCGGCGAAUUUUAUGAUCAUUUUUUAAAGACGUGCAGAAACACGCAGAGAAAUGUGAUUCAAACUCAUACAGGCGACAAGUGCAUAGAUGUUGAUGUUGAGGGAACGACCAACAGCACCGAUGCCUCGACUUGUUCUUCAUACACCACAAAAAGUAACAGUGCGACUUGUGAAUUUAAAGUAACUCUUAAGUGUGAAAAAAUAUGCCUAAGAGAAGGAGAAUUCAUGUUGUACGAGAACAGAAAAGUGUACGUAGACCCUUACGACCAAUGGUACCAGACAGGACAGUACGAGAUUACUAAAUGCGGUGUCUGGGUAUGUUUGAAAAAAACACUCACAGAAAACUUCUCCCGGGUGAUGGUUUGGGUCUCACUGGCGGGUCUUGGGCUGUCCUGCCUUUGUCUCCUGCUUCACCUGGCUGCCUUCCUCUUGGUGCCACGUCUUAGGAACCUCCCGGGCAAGUCCUUGGCGUCCCUCUGCCUGUCUCUUCUCACCGCCUACAUCAUCUUCAUCUUCAGCACCUUCCUCAAGCCUACAACGACAGGAUGUUACAUCUCGGCAGUCCUCAUGUAUUACUUCUUCCUCGCUUCCUUCUGCUGGAUGAAUAUCAUGGCCUUUGACGUGUGGUUGACAUUUCGACAAGCUAAAGAUGAGCUGCGAGUGUCAUCUGGGAGACAACGAAGCAAGUUCUUAUUCUACUGUGUGUACGGCUGGCUGCUUCCCUCCCUCACUGUGGUCGUCACAGUAACCCUUGAUAAGACCGCCCCUGUAGGUCUUCCCUCAGAGCUCCAGCCCAACUUUGGUCAACGUUUGUGCUGGUUCGGGCACCGCAAAGCAUUAAUGGUGUUUUUGGCUACUCCACUAACUGUAGUUAUGGCUCUCAAUGUUAUGUUUUUCCUUUUUACUUCAUACACCAUCGGUGCCAGCAAUGAGCCGACGCUACGAAGGAACUCGUGUUCACAAAACAAGAAACAAUUUCUGCUGUAUGUACGACUGACCGUGAUGAUGGGCCUCUUCUGGAUCAGUGGCAUCGUGGCUGGCUACCUGCAGUGGGAGGCCGCGUGGUGCGUCUUCGUGGUCCUCAACACUCUGCAGGGAGUCUUCAUCUUCUUGACCUUCACCUGCAGGAGCAAAGUGUGGCGGGCGGUGCAGGAGCUCUGUUUCAAGGAAGCUAAAUCUCGUCCUGGUAAAAGUAUGACGCCACCGCGGCCAGGUCUGACGUCAGACACUGUAGACAGUUCUCGAAUAUCAAUAGACACAGAGUUAUCCAGCAUGUAGCUCACCUGUCAAGGCUCUCGCGGCUGUGUGUGUCUCUAACCCAGUAUAAUUUUAAAAUAUGUUUUAAAGUGGACAAGCCAGUAAAAUAUGUUUAAAAUAACAUAUAGUUAAAAAUUGGUUAAAAGAAGGUAGUAAAAUAAAAUUCAACAAAUUAUGGAAUCAACAGUGAAUGUGGAAAAAGUAUUCGAGUCUUCCAGUUGAAUUGAUGAUUAUUUUCACAUUAGUA